AUGGAACUGUCAGACGAUGUUUUAAAAGGUUUAAUGUAUAUAAAUGAAGAAAAUCAUAUUCACGAUAAAAUUUUUCCUAGCGUCAUUCAGUCCGUCUGUCAGACUUUAGUUGAAAAUCCCAUUAGUGAAAAGCUGCCAUCAAUUGCAGGAUUGAAUCCACUAUCACUCAAAAUUAGCUACUCCACACUCCCAUGUAUCUUUCUUGAGUGUGCUAAAAAUAAUACCCAUACAUCUGAGAUGAAGGAAUUUUUGUUAGAUCUGAAAAUGAAGAAUGAAAGAGUUGAUGCAAUUUGUGAUGGCUAUAAAAAUAGCUCACAAGGUAAGAUAGGUCAGCCAGUAUUCACAAUAGAACUCAAUACGCAAAAUGAUGAAGAAAAUGUUAAGAUGUUUUGCACCAAAGAACAGUUACAGGAUUUAGUCAGCAAACUUCAAGACGCCUGUAAAAGUUUAGAAAGAGUUGCAUCACAAACUUAA